GCUCAGAUGACCUUUGGUACAGGACAUAGAACAGGCUUCUAGCAAAGCUCAACACUGAGGCAACCGAAAUAAACAGAAGAGCUGAACAGAUAAUCCACAUUAUUGUAACCUGAUCUGGAGUAACCACUAAAUAUGGUUCCUGGGUGUCUGAUUUCUUAAGUUUUAUCUCCAUGCAUUUUUGUAAAACCAGUGACCUUUAAAUCAAAUUUUAUUCUGUUAAGACAAAGGUAAUACGAUGUUAUCCUUUAUCACGUCGUUUCUUCCGACUUCCUAUUUCCUACCGGGGUGGCUGACUCUAGAUAUAAACCCACUGGAUAGUUUACUCCAAGGACUGGUGGGUGCAUGUGGAAUCUCUGUUUUGUGCUCCUUGAUGAGAGUGCACUUGUUUUUAGAGGAAAGCUGGAAUAAUGAUGAUGAUAAAGACAAAUCAAGACAGAGGGCACCCAGUCAUCAAAGGAAAACCAUAACUGGCCUUACUGAAAAGCUUCACUUUCUAUUUGUAACUGGGAUCCUAGCUGUUGUUGGCUCCCGUGUGGCCUCCCUGGUGGUACUAGAGUUUUGUCUUCGUGCUGUCUCUGGCAGCGUUACAGCUGGACCGGAGCCCAGGAAAUUUCUGCAGCAACUGUUAGUUCAAAGCCAGUUCUCUCUGGGCUGCGCUCUGACCUGCAGUCUGCACUUUCUCCACGAGGGGGCAUCCCAGCGCUGGCUAUGCCUGCUGCUGGCAGCAGCACUUAGCUGGUUCCUGGCUCGGCAGGCCACACGCCUGCUGCACCAUGUCAUGGCUCUGUAUAAACUCCACAGCUCACAGCGCUACUGCGGCACUUGCAUCACCCUCCUCACAUCAGGCCGCUGCCUGCUGCCCAUGCUGUGCAGGACUAUGGUCAUUACUUUCUCUGUGGCUGUGGUGGCUGCUGUAUCCAUCAUUAAUCAACACUUCCUCUCUGCAACAGAGGCCCUCAGGUUCUGGACACCACUGACUAUCUGCUACACACUGCUGGUGGUGUACAUGCAGGAGGAGCAGCACCGUCUGCCUGGCAGCCAGGCUGUCCUCAACACAGUGGUGGUGCGUCUCGGAGGUUUGAUGGUCCUGAUGCUGACUGUUGGACGCUGGGCUGACGUGCUCCACAUCCUAAUGUGUUUCCUGGGUGAGGCCAGCUGUCUAAUCCCCACCAUGGAUCUGCUGGAUGCAGCAUCCUCACAGGAUGAAGAGGAUUAUACACACUACGUAAAGAGGGAGCGACAACGAAGACCACGAGCACAAGAGAAGGAGCAUUAGAGAUAAAAUCUAGAGAGACUUUUUUAUGGGGUUAUUUAGUGUAACACCAACAAUUCAUGUUUUUGUAUUUGUAAUAUUUUUUCAUUAAAAAUUCAAAGCAGCAUAUUAUGACUAAUGUGACUGGAAAACUCAGACUUGUGAAAAUUAUCUCCAGCUCUUCAACCACAAUUAGAUUAAGAUGUAGCACGUUAUCCCAUUUAUUCACAGACAAUAUGUUAACAACCACAGUCUCUGAGCAGAACAGUAACAUGACCCUCAGUGUAAACUGCCCCAUAUAACAUUAUUCCAGAGGUCUUGGGGUUUAUCGUUAUGUUUUUCUCUAAGUCAAAAAUUGAUGUUUUUGACUGUUGUUUUUAAAAAUAAAUCUCAUUUCCUUUC